AUGGAGCUCUCCUCUGCUCCAAGAGAAAGCAGAGCAGAGCAGCUACUCUGCUCCAAGAGAAAGCAGAGCAGAGCAGAGGAGAGCGCCUGGUUGCCCGAGCGAAGUAGAGCAGGGGGCGGCGAGCAAAGCAGAGGGCCGCGCCUGGUUCCCCGUGAGAAGCUGAGCAGGGGCGGCGAGCAGAGCAGAGGGCCGCGAGCAGGGGCGGCGAGGCAGAGCAGAGGGCCGCGCCUAGUUCCCCGAGUGAAGCAGAGCAGGGGCGGCUUCAACCAGAGGGCCGCGCCCGGCGUGGGGAGGGGCAGCAGGUGGCAGCCAGGGGAGGUGCGGCGUCCACCGGAGGCCGCGGCCAGCCGGAGCGGGCACACGCGCACGUGCGGCCGCCCGACGGCUGAGGCUGGCGCACGCGUGGCUGCGCCCGACACCACUACUCACGCGGCACAUCAGACAGUCUGA